CGUUAAGCAACCCAAGACGCACACAGAGAGAUGCAAUUUCACGUAGCCGAUUGGCUGGGGCUGCUCCUGGCCAUUUGCAUUGCCCCACACGCUCUUGGCCAGGGCACCAGGUACGGUUUGUGGACUCCGGAUCGGGCUCAUUCCGAUGCCCAGCCUAUCCAGUGGACGGGCGGUCAAUUUGAGUUCCCCUGUGCCAGCACCAAAUCGCUAUUUAAAAGCUCCGGCAAAUAUAUCGCAAAGAAUGUGAUUGCCACUCGUGCUCAACUGAUUGGUGAUACCAUCUAUCUGGCAUUGCCACGCUAUCGGAAAGGUGUCCCCGCGACGCUGGUGAAGUCCAAUGUGCUGCCGGGCACCUGUUCGACAACCUUCAAGCCGUACCCCUGCUGGGAUCUGCAGGAGGAGGGCAACUGCAAGGCAUUGCAAUCUGUUGUCGAUCUUGUGGUAGAUCAGAAUGAGGUGCUCUGGGUGCUAGACACAGGCAUCGUGAAUACCCUGGAGACGCCGGUGCGCAAGUGUGCGCCCAAAGUGGUUGCAAUGUCCGUGAAGACGGGCAAGGUGCUGAAGACUGUCUCGCUGGAGGGUCUCACCUCGAGCAGUUCCCGUCUGCAGUAUCUAGUGGUGGAUUAUGCGCCGGAUGGCGGCUGCUUCAUCUAUGUCAGCGAUGCGGCAAAUCGUGCGAUUAUCGUUUAUAAUCUGCAAGCGGAUCGCGGCUUUCGUGUAGUCCUGCCCAAGGCCGUAUCUGCGGGAUGCCGGUCCCGGGAUGUGCUCUACAUAGCGCUAAUACGUCGCGAUUGCGGCACCACGGAACUCUACUUUACCUAUCUAAGCACCAGCAAACUUUUUUCACUGAAAUCCGAAUAUCUGCGCAGCGGUGUCGCCGAUGGACGCAUUUUAGAUCUGGGCAAAAAGCCGAGCCGCAUGGUCAUCAUUGGCACGGACAAUGGCUCCGCCAUAUUCUUCCGCAACGAGGGGGAUGCGGAAGUCUAUCGCUGGGACACCAACUCCACGUUUGUGGAGGCCAACUUCAAGCCAGUCUAUCGCAGUCAGACAUGCCAGUUGGUCACCCACGCAGUUCCCGAUUACAAACGGAAUACGAUGCGAGUGCUGCAGAGCAAUUUUCCGGAUUAUAUGCAAAAUCGUAUCGGAUGCGGUGCUAUUCAGCAGCUCAACCAUAUGCAAGGCUGUUGGUAGUCACAACACACACACACACACACACACACACACACACACACACACACACACAC